CACAAAAUUAGUCUACUAUUUUACCAGAACCCCACCUGAACGAUGAGCAACAGAUCCUCGUGUGACAAUUUUGUCACUGUAAAAACGUCGCCUUAUCUAUUGUCCAAUGGUUCUCGUAUGAUUCCAUUGUUGACCCCUCCCAGGAAAAGAAUAAAGAUGGAUUUUUGUCCUAGGGAAAAUUUGAUCUGGACAGUCCAAUCCCUCAUAGAUCGCUUCAAUGCUCCGGAGUCAGAGGGAGCAUCCAAUAGCAAAGAAAAGUCAGUUAUAUUAACGAGGGUUGACUGCCUCCAAAAAAACCAACUACAACAACAGUUUUCAACAGAGGUAGAAUUUAAAAAUCUUCAUGGCCCGCCAGCAGAGAGGACAGAAACAACUGGACUAGAAAGCACUGUUGAAAAUAUUGAGGUUCGUGACCGGGUGGUCUCUUUAGUAAACAAAUGUGAGGUAGAGAAAGCAUCAUCUGACGAAAUCAUUAGCGAUAUUCACAAAGAUGAAAUACCUUGUCAAAUACCUGAAAAAGAAACGAACACAUUUUGUCGAUAUUCAGAAAUUCACUUGGAUACGGAAAAAUGCAAGAGAAAAGCACAAGAAAAAUUCAACUCUUCUUAUUCUUCAGGAAUUAUAUCUGACAAGACUUACACUGAUGUAGAAAAUGGGACAGAUGGCAAUGACGAAGAUUCAAAUCAAAUCCGUGCUACAGCUGUGGAAAUCUCAUUGUCUUCGGUGACAUUGCCCGAACCGGUUUAUUUUUUAUUUUUGACAACUCAAGUUUCGAGUUGAA